AUGCGAAAAGCACAUUUCUGUGGUGAUUAUGGCAUGAUUGAUGAGUCGAUCUACUUCAGUAGUGAUGUUGUGACUGGCAACGUGCCUCUAAAAGUUGGACAAAAAGUUAAUGUGGUUGUGGAAGAAGAUAAAAUACUUUAUGGAUUGAGAACAAUCAAGGUGGAUGUUGUGCCUUGCCAUCUUUAUGGUGCUGGACCCUCAGACUCAGGAACCAGAGUUUUAAUUGGAUGUGUUACUUCUAUAUGUGAAGACAUUAUUUAUAUUAGUAACAGCAUUUAUUUCUUCAUAGACAUUGUUUCUGAAGAUUUUGUGCCUUAUAAAGGUAACUGGUUAAAUUUUGAAUAUUCCACUGAACCAGGCAUCUCAAACUUCAAGGCAAGCUCUGUGAAGCCCACCCAUUGCAUUCAUGCGGAAGCGGUCUGCAUUACUAGCGUACAUGGAAGAAAUGGGGUGAUAGAUUAUACUAUUUUUUUCACCUUGGAUUCUGUGAAACUUCCUGAUGGAUACGUACCUCAAGUAGAUGAUAUCGUCAAUGUGGUCAUGGUGGAGAGCAUUCAGUUCUGCUUUAUUUGGAGAGCGAUUUCUAUCACCCCAGUGCAUAAAUCCAGCAGCGGAUUCCAGGAUGACGGAGGCCUGGGACGGCCCAAAAGGGAACGUCGGAGCCAAAGCAUUUAACUGAAAAGGCAUCAGGGACAGCAUCUUAAAGGCAUGACUUAAAGUUACAAUUUGACUUCAGUUUUGAGCCCCGUUAUGCUGCCUGUACAACUUGUAUUGUUCCAUAGCCUCUUUCAUCUUCUGUCACCCACAUAACUUGCGGUGUUUAUUGUUUUACUUGUUCCUUCUUCCCCAUGCUAGAAUGUAAACUCCACAAUGGCAGGAUGCCUUUUAAUCUGUUUUUUUUUCUUUUUUCUUUCUUUUUUUUUUU